UUUCGACUUAGAUAACUACAAUACAAGAGGCAAAAACGUGGAAUACAAUCAACUAGCUCCUGAAACCAGUGGUGCAAAUGAAUUUUAUCCUCAGAAACCUUACCAAGAAACAAUGAUGAACUCAAAAGGACGAACUGAAAACAGAGGCGUUUACAAUACAAGAGGGACAACCUUGAAAUACAGUCAACUAGCUCCUAGUACCAGUACUGCAAAAGAUUUUUAUCCGCAGAAAACUUAUCAUGGAACAAUGAUGAAUUCAAAAGGACGAACUGAAAACAGAGGCGAUUGCAAUACAAGAGGGAAAACCUUGAAAUACAGUCAACUGGCUCCUAGUACCAGUACUGCAAAUGAUUUUUAUCCACAGAAAACUUAUCAGGGAACAAAAUCAAUCAACUCGAAAGGAUCAACUCAAAGGAGAGACACAGACAACUACAAUUAUACAAGAGACGUAGAUGUGAACUUCGAUAUAAUGCCUUUUACCUCUCGUGGUGAAAAUAAUUUCUUACAUCCGCAGAAAUGCUAUCAAGGAACAAAUGAAAACUCUUUUCCAACUCCAAAGAGAAACAGGUCGGAGCUAUUGUCGUUGUUUGGUGGGAAAAGUCGACCAGAUAAACAAGGUCGUUCAUGCAAUGAAACUAUCACACCUCCACAGCAAAACUUUUCAACAGUCAGUGAUUCUGAAAAUGUCUCUUAUAAAAAGACAUUACCAACAACCAACAAUCCUUUCUCUCAAGCGUUUGACAUUUCCCUUGGUGAUGAAGACAAUUUUUCUGACACCUCAUUCCAAUCUCUGUAUAACCCCAAGAGUGCGACAAAUGCUACGACGUCCUGGCUAAAUGGUCAACCUUGGCAUUCUGAUAAGACAGAAGUCAUUGACGUUAAUGUCUGUCAUGAUGAAUAUGUUGUUCCAGAAAUUGACGACGUCUUGUUAGAUUACAAUCACGAGAAUAACUCCAAUAGCAAUAAUUUCACUUCUGCAACUUCGAGUGUGAAUACACUGCCUUGGAAAUCUAACGAUCCUCAAGUGACAAGAGGCUGCAAUGUUCUGGAUAAUAAAGAUUUUGAUGAAGAAAUGGAUGAUGUGGUUUUCGACCAUGAUGAUUAUGAUGGGUUCGGGAUGUUUAGCACAUCUUCUAAAACAACCAGAUCUUUGGCUGGUCAUAAAUUAGGAUGCAAGGAUCGAAGUUUUCGUAACCAUAACAAUAUUUCUAGAAGUGCUCCUGGUACAACGGUCUCUAGGCUGAAUGAUUCACUCAGUUGGGAAUCUAACAAAUCUCGAGUCUGUGUCGGCAGUAACGUCUUAGUUAAUGGGCCUGAGUUUGAUCCGGAAUUCGAUAAUGUUGUGUUAGAUGAUGAUGAUGAGUUCGCUACGUUUAGUAUAUCUUCUGGAAAAUCUACAUCUGUGGCCUCUGGUCGUCAAAGUUUUGACCACGGCAAUGCCCGUCGCUUAACUGUAAGUUUUAACUAAUUGGGCGCCAGCACUUUACCCUUGACGAGUAAAAUUGUCUUAAUGUUAGACAGAGUAAAAUAAUAAAGUAGGGCAUGUUUUUUUUCUCCAAUACAUUAGGUUGAUGAUGACACAUUAAGUCCGCUACAGGAAAACGCCACUGAAAGAGAACAACUAAACAAUAUACCAUCUACUUCCAGGAAUUUCCUACCAAAUCGCAGCUUACAACACUCGUCCUCAAGAAACAAUAAGUUUACUUCACCUUUGAUAGUUUCAGUUAAAAACAAUCCCCAUGCAUCUUCCAGUUAUCAAAAGGAUUCUGGAAGUUCUAAUAUCGAGCGAACUACAUGUGCGGUUGGAUCUUCCAUUCGUCCGGUAGGUUUAAUGAAAGGAAACUGUAAAGAUCUUGGUCAAACGGGGAGAGAGUUGAUGAGAAUUGGCAAGCGAGACAAAUUGCAUGAGAGUUUUCUUAACUUUGGUGCCCCGGUCAAACGAGAACAAGAGUUGGCAAGCGAGGCAAAUUGAAUGAGAGUUUUCAUAACUCUGGUGCCCCAAUGAAACGGAACAGGAGUUGCAUGAGAGUUGAUGAGAGUUAACUGGAUAUUACCGCAUGUAGCAAAAACUUUUUUCAACUCUCAUUCUCGUUUGACCGUGACUUAAAUUUACUUUUACACUGGAUAGCCCUUUCAGUUCCAUUUUAAGUUUUCUUCCUGGAGGUCAGUCCCAUUGAAGGAGAUCGAACCGGAAAACCUGCUGCGUUUAGGAAAGUGAAACUGGAAAUUUGUUCAUUUGAUAACGCAUGAUACAUUGGUGGAAGACAAAAUUAAUGUCCUGCUGAAAGUCUAGGAAACGUAAAUUAAACUAACUUUAUACUGGAUAACUGGCUAUCAAGUGCAUGAGUUCUAAAUAUGAUUUCCUAGAGGUCUACUAAGGGUAAUCAUUAAAGUUUCCAUUGAUGUAAAAUGUUCCCAUAUUUUCUCCUAUUUAGCAAUCGUUUUCUGGUGAACUGUACUUUCCUUCCAACGCUGAAUGCUGUGGUAGUGUCACACCAACACGACAGCUCAUCAUUCCAACAAAAUUUACCACCGCCAUGGAUUAUAAAGGCAUCUUGAAAUCUUCUUUAAGAGGUGAGACUUUGAUGUCAAUAUUAUUAAUGCAUGAUAAAUAGUACAUUCUGUUAAGUGUCCGAGGCUGCCCUGAAACGCUUAUAGAAACCAGUUGUUUCUAUUUAAACUAACUUUAUUUAGACUGCAGGUUUCCUGAUAAAAUAUUAUAAUUAUUUGAGGUAAAAUUACUUAAUCAGAGCCAUCUCUUCAUAGUCCACUGUUACUAUAGGAAGAAACUGGGGUAUCCAUAAAUUAAGAAAACUCUUAAUACAUGCAUCUGAGGUUAAAUUGUGCUGGAAUCGAACCUCGGUUUUAGAAAUGAAAGACACAUAUAUUUAGUACAUUUUUCAAGUUAACUCGUUCCAUAUAUCUUAAUUUAUGUUAUAACAAACAGGUGUUACCACAAGUAUUUCUUCACAUAUUUGUAACCAGCAACCAAGUACACAAUUAUAACACUAUAUAGAUCAGCAAAUAACUAUAUCUUCCAUGCAUUCAUGUCACACUAAUCUAAAACAAUUCACAAUACUUUACCAAGGUCUUAAUAAGAUUUGCAAUUCUCUACCCUCUUGUGAGGGUGAGAAAGGGGGGAGGGGGGGUAUGGAUCACGUUUCACAACGACUGUCAGUUAAAAACUACAUCAUAACUUAGAAGUUUGAGUGACAAGUAUGUCCGACGACCUACGAAAGGCCCCCGAAGUUUUUACUCUUGUGCAGAUCAUAUAAAUUGAUUAUCACGUAUCAUGUCUAAUUAUGACUAUUAUAAAAUAGAUCGAAAUAAACAAAGAAAAAUCGCAGUUCACGAAACAGACAUCCUUAAUUCUCAUUUCACGGAGCAUUUUUAUCACGCCUCACGGCUGUAGAACAAAUCACAUUUCACGACACUAAAAUCAAGCAUUUCACGUUUCACGCGAACAAAUAUUCACCAUUCACGACUCACGAAAAUACCCUUUCUCACCCUCUCUUGUAUACUGUAUGAGACCCAUCUAGUCUUUCCUUAUUCAUGAAAAACAUGAUACAAUUCUUAUCUAAGCUAAAUGACAAUGCCGCACUUGUAAUGUGUACCUUAAAUAAAUAGAAUAUUCUAAAUCUGCCCAAGGUGGCCUCACUAUAGAUAAGCCUUACGGUUUCAUGAGGUGUCCUUUCCUUAUAUAAUACUGCUAUAUAGACUACUAUGUGUAAACUUAAUAUUGGUGGCAAAUAAAUGUAUCUUACAAGUAUACACUAUACUGUAACUGCUGUGCCAUUGUUUCUAGAACACUUGAAUAUUAUAUUGUUUGAACUGGCCCAGAAAUAUCAUGGAAUCCUUUGCAAAGCUGAUAUCACUUCAUCCGAUGAUACUUUCUCAGGUACAGUCAAACUUUUACGGUUUGAUCAAUGUUUCGAUUAACAGUGUAAACAAUCAAGAACUACUGUGCCUUUUUUCAGAUCAGAAAGAAAAUGUCAAAGGACCUUCAUGUUCGCAUGGUAUGUUGAAAAUCAAUUCUUAGAAAAUAUUAUGUAAAAAGCGAUCUGGUUGUGGUCCCCAGUUGACUGUGAUGGUGAUGAAAUGGACAGUAUACCUUUUAUUUCUUUGUCAGGUCCUGCGAAACUUCGAGCUGUGAAAAAGGAUGGUCCGAAUAAGGUUUAAUUUUUACUUCAUUCACUGUAGAUCCAGUAUGAAAAUCAUUCACAUGUGAAAUUUUAUGUGAACAUUUUACAUGUGAUAAUGGUCAUUUCAUGUGUGAAUUAAAUCUGUCUGAAAUCUGCCUAGAAACGUCAUCGUACGACCGUUAAAACUAAAAAAAAAUGUUGUGUUGACUCACAAUUUAACCGCUGCUGCAGUAAUCAUGAUAUUUUCCUAUUUUAAAGGGUCGCCAUUUUUACACCUGUCCUGGCUCAGGCUCCAAUCAAUGCAAGGUACUGUACAGGCAUUUAGCCAGACGGCUGGCAACCUCUGGUUUUUAAUAGACGAUCAUGGCAUGCCUAAGAAAAUAUAUUUUUUAAACAGGAAAUUAUAAAAUGGCUGACGUACGUUUCGGCAAUUUUUUGUCGAAAAGACGACGAAUUAUGAGUAUACAGUAUGAGAAUUGAUUUCAAGCUCCAUGCUUUUUGACCACGAUUUUGACCAGCUAGGUUGCCACAUCUACGGUAUUUUUUGCUUGAUCGUAGUGGUUGACUGAUCGUUUGUAAACAAUGCUAUAAUCGUACUCAUUCUAACAUUAUUAUUAAUAGUAACUACAGUAGGACUUAACACACUGCAGUUUUUUUCUUAUCCUGUUUACAAACAUUUUUUUUAGUUUUUCCAAUGGGCUGAUGAAAGGCAAACAGCAUCUACAACGGGCACCAAGAAAAUAUCGCUGACCUCAACUGACAGCAUUAGAGUAUUCUUCAAAAGCGAGGUGAUCAUUUUGAAAUUAUUUGAUAAAUCUUGUGUUCAGUAUAACAUUAUGUCCAUCAUUUAAUAUAUUGUAAUUUAGAAGCGGCGUUGCGUUGCCUAUGGGAUAGUGGGUUAAUUUUUUAAAAUUUCUAUUUAUUAUAAGGGUAUUUAUUUCUAUCACAAUUGUCUUAUGGAGAGAAGGUCGCAACCAACCAAAUUCUUUGGAAAGGUACGUGUUUACAUAGGGGUGGAAAAAAUAGGCGAGCACGAAAUGUUAAACAGCUGCAGGAACUUCGUUUGAAUGAAGAUUUGCUGUUGAAAAUUUGAAGGAAACUCCCAUGUCCCACUAUGGGCGCAACAACAUAUUGUUGACAGACAUUAUUUCUUGAAUUUAAAACCAUGGUCAGCUAGAACACUAGAUGUUUAUGCACAUGCAGAUUUAGCACAAAAAUACUCCGUUGGUCUGCAGGAAAUUUUUGUCUCCAGGUUGUGCUUCCAGGGAGAAAAUUUCUUUUUUCCUACCCAAAACUCAUGAGUGUAUGUUUUUCCAAAUUGCACGAGAAACCAUGCCAUUAUACAUACAGUAUACAAAUUGAAUAGUUUUACCAUAUCACACCAAUUUACCAUAGUAUUAAUAAUAUACAUGAAAAAAUUAUGCAGUCACAUGCGUGCCUUGCAUUGGAAUAAUCUUCCCCAUGAGGCAAAAAUUGCUGAAUCCCUAAGCUCUUUCAAGUCGAUAUUGAAACAAAGAAUGAGUUGAAAUUUGCUUGUGUGUAAUCGUGCAGCUAAAAUCACCUGUAUUUUUUUAUUUUGUUAUAUUUUGUAUUUCCUGUAUGUUAACUUCUUGUAAUAGGUAAUUUCACGCCCCUCAUGGAAACCAGCCUUCCAACGGCUGUUGAGGCUAGCGUGGUUAAAAUAAAGUUUUGUAUUGAUGUGCAUAGAUCACAUGCGAAAUAGUUAAUUUUAAUAUAAAUAAUUUUAAUAGAAAAUCUGCUGAAAACGCCAGCCAUUUUUGUCACUUGUAAAUGUUUGGGUGAAUGAAAUUUGCACUGUUAAGUAUUUCAUUUCUUGGCACUGUAUUUUAUUUUUUGGCACUGUAUUUUGAAAAUAUUUUUCAUGUGUAUUAUUUUUACAGAAAUAUUCUAAAAAAGGUUCCAAUACAGAUUAUGGAAAGAAAGUGAUGUACAUCGUAUUGAAGUACAGAGAUAGUUCGUCGUUGUAUACGAAAGAUGAUAUCUGGAUCAUUUCUAAGAGUAUCAAUUUUGAACCAAGAACAACAUUCGUUGCGAAGAGUAUGUUUUAUGGACCUUCAUCAUCUGGUGAUCUUGAAAUCGAACCCGUCAGUGGUUAUUCACCAUCAAACUGGAGAUCUGGUGAUACUGUCCAUGCUAUCUGGGCCUGCAAUGCUGGGACGGAGUUAUCCUGUAUACAGAACCUCGAUGAUUAUGCCACAUUGCAACACAUGCCUCUUCUUCCAUAUAUAAUGAAUGGGUAAGUCUCAUCCUUUAUAGACCCAUUGCACUGACGUCACAAAUCCUUAGAGUGUCCUCCAGAUGCUCCCUAACAAUAUCUAUUCGGGUACAACAACUACAUACAGCGCAAAAAUGAACCAUUUUAAUACAACAUUAUUAUAAAGUUUUACAAAAUUUGCUUUGUUUACAAAAGUUAUAUUAUGCAUAGAUUGCUAAUUUGUCCUCCAGAUGCAUCGUCACCGGCGCUGUGACGUCAUGUGCAAUGGGUCUAUAGAAAGAGCAAGAAUCACAUCCUACAAUCAACAAUCUAUAGUUUAUCCCUUACACAAAAUUCACAUGGUGUCAUUUCACAUGUCAAACUUUAUGUGAACAUUUGACAUGUGAUAAUGGUCAUUUCAUGUGUGAAAUUCAAACUUUUUACAUGCGAAAUUUUGUUUUCACAAACAGUAGCUACUGUACAACUUUUCGCAUGUGAAAUCGAAGGUUUAUAUGUGGAAAUGAAUUUCACAUGUGAAAUGAUUAUUUCGUCUGUGGAAUUGGAACAGUUCAUCAAUGCGAAAUCAUAUGUGGAAUUUUCCUAAGGGUUGGGUCACCAAGCACUUGCUUUAUAUGAUUAUCAAAUUUGAUAUCAUAUGCAUGUAAAUUUAUUUAAAAUCACCCACCAAUAAGAUUGGCAGAUUGCCAAAUAUAAUGUAAUAAUAUUUUUGCAGUUUGUCUUUGUUUUAGUAUCUUCCAUGAUUGUAUUUUGUAGAUCACGUCCUUCGUACAGUUUCCAGCGCACUCAACGUCACUCGUUCUCCGCACCCCUCUCUGGCGUCAUGGACAGAAACUCGCUGGGAAUUUCCUGGCAAGUAACUGUAAGUAAAAUCUUAGAAUUAUAGUAGUCUGUAGAAGACAUGCAGAUGCAGAUUUAGGCACAAAAAUACUCCGUUGGUCUGCAGGAGAUUUUUUCUCCAGGUUAUGCUCCCAGGAAGAAAAUUAUUUUUUCCUUCCCUGGUUGAAAGAUUCAUGCAGUAACCCGCACCUUAAAACCCAACGUAUAUAUUAGAGGGUUGAAUUGAAAUACGCUAUAUAAUUUAAACAUAGGAACGAGAGACAGAGGAAAUGAUCGAAUUGCACAAGCUUAAUACGGUGAGUUUAUAAACUGUACUGCAACAACAAUUUAUUAUAAAUUUUAAUCUCAUGUUUUUGACGUGAUUAUGACGUUAACAGGACCAAGCAGCUGCCCUUCGUUCUUGUGCAAAAAUGUUUCUCUCAGAAAAUGAAGACAGAAUGGAAUGCCUUCCUAUUACGCUAAUACACGGUAAAUACAGUAAAUGGUGUAGCAAGUAUCGUAUUAUCUAUUGAGAGUGCAUGGUUUACAUUCGGGGUGGCGUUCUUGAUUUUAGUUGUCUUUUUUGUGCUGUAUGCAGAUCGUCUUAGUAUUCUUUUUGUUUUUCAAGGUGUAUUUGGAGCUGGGAAGAGUUUUUUGUUGGCCGUAGUUGUUUUACUGAUGGUGAGAUUAUUUGAGAUUGCGGACGCAUCUGAUGAAGCAAGGUAAGAGAGAAAUUAUGAAUUACUCUAUAUUUAAUUUACAAGUUCGAAACCCAAACUAACCUAACUCCAGCGAGUUACUUUUAAACAAUACAUGGAGUAAACUAUUUAAACACCGUGCUUCCAACAUCCCUAGGAAAUAUAAAACCUUAAAACCUUAAUAUUCACAAAGAAGCGGUUAUAUUAAAUUUAUACCCUUGUAGACCUUGUCUAAGUACCUGAGUUCUUGCCCUCGAUUUGUAGAACACGACCCAUCACUUGGAAGAUUCUUAUUUCAUCGACAACGAAUGUGGCCGUUGAUAGAAUUCUUCUUGGGUAAGUUUUGAAAAUGUUAACUUUUAAAUUAUAUAAUUUCUUUACACACAUAGUAUUACGCUUUUCUGGUAUUUGGUGGCCGACCAAUGUUGACCUACUAAAAAUGGUGAAAUCAUGCUCUAUAGAAAGACUAUUUGAAUCCGAUUAAAUCCAGAGCGUGUAUCGACACUAUUUCCCUACUGUAUCCACAUUAAUAUCAAGGAAACUAGAUUCCAUAAUUACCAUCGUAUAAGGAGUUUGAAGAAAAUUCUAGUGAAACUUGUCCAUUGAAGUUUUACCUGCGAAGGCUUUCCAUCUAGGGAUGGAUUUACUGGGGAGGGAGGGUUGGGCACCCCACCCCCUAGCCCUGGCCAGAGGGGGUGUGCUAUUUUUCACGAUAAAGCAAAAAAAAAUAUUACAGCCAAUUUGAGUAAUAAUAUGAUGAUAAGCGAACUGUGAACAACAAUUACAAUUCAAAUACAGUAUAGUCAAGCAAGACUUUGCAGUAGUCAAACAAGUUGAUGGUCACCAGAGCUGGCAGAGCACUCCCCCCUCCUCUACCAGAUCAUGCUGGAACCAUCCCUGUUUCCAUCCACCUCAAAGUGGCAAAACAUUUAUAAAUCUCUAUUAAUAUAGUAUAAGACUAUAAUAAACAAAUUGGAACAUUACAAACCUGUUCGUUCUAGACUUCUUGAUCUUGGAUUCGAUCAGUUUGUGCGAGUUGGUAGCGUGAGGAAGAUUGCGAAGCCCGUGUUACCGUUCAGCAUACAUAGCACUGGAACAGAGUCGCAGGAAUUGAAGGAAUUACAAGGAAUGUUGAAAACAGAAUUGACGAGCUCGGAGAAAGCGUAAGUAUCGUAAGUUGGCUACUAACUCUUGACGAAGGGCCUUCGCUCGAAACGUCGAGUUUCUGCUUGUUUAUUUCAGAUAGUAAUAUAACCACUCAGCACAGCAUUUUCACAUGCAUGCAUUGGUACUACCCACACUGGUACAGACAGUUUUAGUAUAAGUAUCGUAUUGCCUACAAAUCACCGAACAAAAAACGCACCAGAAAUGCACAUGGAACGAGUUCAAAUAUAGAAUCCAUGCAAUCACUUAGAGAAAAAAGAAUUUCUGAAAAAUUAAUUUUUUCUCCGACAACCAUAUAAUUAUGUGAACCUUAUCGUAUAUCUAGAUUAAAUAUCCUGUGUUGUUUCUCCGUGUCUUAUUCGGGAAUUGAUACUCCGCGGACACCGAGAAAAAUAACUAGUUACAUGUGUACUAACCUCUGUGCUACUUUACUCUUUAGGUACGUUCGUAAGAGCAUUGAAAUGCAUAAAUUGGGGGAGAACAGAAAGGUAUACAGUGUGCUUUGGAGGUCUUUCAUGGUUAGCACUAUUUUCCAUCCAGCAAACUGACCUGACGUCAUUUUCGGAAGGUGGAAGAGGUGUUUAAAUGGCUAUGUAACUAACCCAAACCCUACCCCUACUCUAACCCCUAACCUCAACCCUAACUCUAACCCUAACCGAAUUAAUAAAAAAUCCAAAAAGAAACGACUUUAGAAAAUCGAUAGGGCGGUUUGCUGGAUGGAAAAAAGUGCUAACCGUCUUUCAUUAUCAGUUUUAAAAUUCGUGUGCAAAUUCCAUAUCCUCUAUAUUAUCAACAACCUUUACUGUAUGCCUUAGCGAUUGGCUAAUGUCCGUGUGGUUGGAGUCACGUGUGCAGCUUGUACCUUUGCAGCUCUUGAAAGAUUGAAGUUCCCGGUAAACUGUCAAAUAUUUUUAUAUUUAAUUAAACGUAUUUGAAAUCAUUUUCUCCAAGAGCUCUGAAGCUCAUCGAGGAAGAUCAUGACAAAUAUGUUUUCGCAUUUUAAAUAAUUUAGUUUCAUACUUCAAAAAAUUAAUUUAUCGCUCGAUAAGAACCAGACUGUGUACCGAAUCUCAAACUUUUCCCCUAGGUUUUACUUCUGGAUGAAUGCAGCCAAAUGACUGAACCGACUUCCUUGCUUCCCAUGGCAAGGUAAUAUUUGCAGAGACAUCUAAAGGGUACAUGUAUAUACUAUAGCGGCCAUGUUUGGUUGAUUCUAAUAUAUUUUCCUUUCCCCUUUUUAGGUUUGGAUGCAGAAAACUUGUACUUGUUGGUGACCCAAAAGUAAGCAGGAAAGAAUGAGAGAAUCUCUUUUCUUAACAUUUUUUUGUUAUAAUUACAAAUUAUUAGAAUUGUUAUUUCAAUUUGCCUUUCAGUCUUUCAUUUGCUUAACUAACCGUUUGCCGUUCCUUCCUUUAUUGGAGAGGUUCAGAUUUGACUUGCAUUACCGUUUCUCUCACUGGUUUAAUACGCAUUUGAUUGGUUAAUUGGGUAGAGUAAACGCAUCUGAUUGGUUAAUUGGGUAGAUUAAACGCAUUUGAUUGGUUAAUUGGGUAGAUUAAACGCAUCUGAUUGGUUAAUUGGGUAGAUUAAACGCAUCUGAUUGGUUAAUUGGGUAGAUUAAAUGCAUCUGAUUGGUUAAUUGGGUAGAUUAAACGCAUCUGAUUGGUUAAUUGGGUAGAUUUAACCCAUCUGAUUGGUUAAUUGGGUAGAUUAAACGCAUCUGAUUGGUUAAUUGGGUAAAUUAAACGCAUCUGAUUGGUUAAUUGGGACUAGAUUAAACGCAUCUGAUUGGUUAAUUGGGUAGAUUAAACGCAUCUGAUUGGUUAAUUGGGUAGAUUAAACGCAUCUGAUUGGUUAAUUGGGACUAGAUUAAACGCAUCUGAUUGGUUAAUUGGGUAGAUUAAACGCAUCUGAUUGGUUAAUUGGGUAGAGUAAACGCAUUUGAUUGGUUAAUUGGGUAGAUUAAACGCAUCUGAUUGGUUAAUUGGAUAGAUUAAACGCAUCUGAUUGGUUAAUUGGGUAUAGAUUAAACGCAUCUGAUUGGUUAAUUGGGUAGAUUAAACACAUCUGAUUGGUUAAUUGGGUAGAUUAAACGCAUCUGAUUGGUUAAUUGGGUAGAUCAAACGCAUCUGAUUGGUUAAUUGGGUAGAUUAAACGCAUCUGAUUGGUUGGUGGUAGCAGUAGUGGAAGUCAAAAUCUGAACAUGCUUUCGUUGGUAGGGAUGCAUCUACCUGAAAAUAUAUAUUAUUAAGGAGAAUUUCGACGUUUCGAGCAAAGGCCCUUCGUUUGGAGUUACUGAAGGUCGAAACGUUGAAAUUCUCCUUAUAUAUUUUGAAGUAGUUGCAUUCCUACCAACGAAAGCUUGUUCAUUUUAUUGGCAAUACCUACGCUGACACAGACAGUUCAAAAUGUGAACUUCUCUAUUGUGUAUUUAGCAACUGAAUCCCACAAUCCAAGGCUCGGAACCAUCACACGAAUCUGGCUUGGAACAAACACUAUUUGACAGACUUAUAAAAAUGGUAAGUGUUCACUUCAAAAACAGUUCCACUUCAGUUUUUAAAGACAUCGAUUUGGACUAGAAUUAUUACUCGCGUGAGUUUUGAACAUCGAAAUUAAUAUCCCAACUAUUCGUUACAGGAUUUGAAGCCAAUUCUUCUACGAAAGCAGGUAGAUAGGUUUUAAAAACAAAUCUAUACAUGGAUUAUGUCAAGAUUAAAAUGAUAUGACUGUAUUGAUUUCUUGCCUUGUUCUGUCUUAUAAUAUGAACUAUAUUUUCGUUUAGUACCGUUGUCACCCAGUGAUAAGUUCAUUAUCAAACAGGUACAUGAAUGCAAUAGAAUAAUUAAGUGAGUAUGUGCUAAUCAUCCUCAGCUGAGAACUAAGCUGAAUUACGAAGGAUAAGAGCGCCUCUGGUAGACACCUUAUGACUUAUGUCCAAGACCCGAUUUUGGUUGAAAUGCUGGGGCAAGUGGAAAUAUAUUUAGGGGAGGUGCAGCGUCUAGCCCACGGCCCCCAUGGAAUGUUAAGACUUAGAAUAUACUGUAGCGCCAAAUUAAAGACAACUACAUUUUAGGGAAGUGCAGCGUCUAGCCCACGGCCCCCAUGGAAUGUUAAGACUUAGAAUAUACUGUAGCCCCAAAUUAAAGUCAACUACGUACAUGACCCAUGCAUUGUACUGUACAUUAUGUAUCAUUAUGACUGUACGACUCAUCCAAUAUUGCUCUUACAUUACUACACUUGAUACAGUGAUGAUGAAUAGUUUAGUUUUUCAAGUGUAGACUCUAAGCAACGCAUAAAAUAUUUCACUUUGAUCUAUCAUUUAACCUUCCAAACGAGAGGUGCAUGACUUUUCAGGGGAGGUGAAAAAAUUCUCAGUGGAGGUACCCACCUCCCCACACCUCCCUUUAAAAUCCGGCCACGCUUAUGUCUGAUCGCGCAGCACAGCUACGAUAGAAGGGUCCGUUUCGGGCUAAUCCCAACCCACCCUGUCUACAUUCCCUGUGGGAGUACCCGGAGAAAACCCACGACUUUCGGUAGAGCGUUGACUCACUCUUUUCACAUGAGUGUCAUGAGUUCGCAGCAGGAUUUCGAGGUGGAAAACUCUUGCUUUGACGAUUUUCUCGGACGAUAUGGUUUGACAAUUCAAAUGGUCUGACGAUCGCGCCACCGAAUGUGCCCUAGUUAUAAUCAUCCGUCAGCCAUACUUACACCUUUAUAUCUCUCUUCCAUCUUCUUGUUUUAGGCUAUUUUAUAACGACCGCUUGUUGGAUGGCGUCAAUGCCGAGGAACGUGAACCUCUCGUUGUAUGUACCAUUGGUACUAUUUUAUUCAAGAGCUUAAUAUACAUUUUUUGUCAGCUAGAUAGCUGAAUAGAAAUGUACAGUAUAAAGAAGAUGUUGAAACUUAUCUUCACUGGAUUCUGAGUAUGCUUUUCUUUCACUUCACUUCAGGAUUUUGUUCCAACACUUUGUUUCUACAAUGUCAGCAACGGCAGAGAAGAGUGUUCCCAAGAUGGCAGCUACUUCAACAGUGCUGAGGUAAAA